AUGGCAGUGGACGCCGAAAAGGGCGAGCAGCACAAGCUGCUGCUGAACGAUGCUGAUGAGAUUCGAAGCUGGCCAUUGGUUCAGCCGAGCCCUGGUUACAACAACAAGUACUUCUGUUGCCCCGGUGCAUUGUGCUAUCCGUGUGCUGCAAUGGUUUUGUUUGCGGUUGCCCUCCUCGCCUUUACAUUCCUCAGCGUGGGUUGCUUUCUGGCAGCCUUGGUGUGUCUGAUUCCAAUGUCAUGUUUCGUCAUGUAUACGUGCAUGUGGCAGCUCUACCCGGCAUAUUGGACCUGGGACCUCUAUGUCCAUAUGAUAUAUUUGUCGCACAUUGUUCUUCACUGGAACGCGCCUACCCCGCAAGCAAGCGAAAAGUUCAUGCCGCUGGAUUUGAUGAGACCAAAGGAGCCAUUGAAGAAGGUAUACUUGGACUACACCCUGAACCUCCAAGUUCCUUUGGGUGAUACGGAUCAAUUUUUGCGCCCUUAUAUACGGCCAAAGUGGAGCCAGAAUUUCAUCGAGCAUAACAUGUCUUGGUGGCCUGCAUUCGACCGUAUCAGUGAGUUUGCUCCAGAGGAAAAUUGUGUGGAGUAUGUCAUGAAGCAGCUUCAGGCAGUCUAUCCACCAGUUUACCAAGACUGGGCAGACAAGCACAGCGACCGAGCACUGGCAAGAUUCUGCCUGUACGGGCUAGCGGCUCAUCGGAUUGAAACGGAGGUUGUUGAUGGCAGAAAGCUUUACGUCGUCAGGACCAAUGCGUUGUCAGGCCUGCCAGUCCGCGAAGGUUUUGAAAGGUACGGAGGCGAUGCCUAUUUUGAUGAGUCGUGGAAGCCUGUCAUGAUUGUGGACUAUGGUAUGGGUCCUAUGAGAGAGGAUGACGACGCCACGAAGGUGGUCACCAAGCCAGGAGAGCAAAACUGGGCUCGUGCCAAAUUUCGAUUCAGGUCUUCGCUUUUCGUGUUGGUUACGCUGGUGGACCACCUUUACCAUGUCCACCUCCAGACAACCAAUUUGUUCGUCACAGCUUUGCGAGAACAGCUGUCGCCGGAGCACCCGAUUAGAAGGUUCUUGACCCCUUUCACUUACCAAACCAUUUCCAUCAAUGACAAUGCGAAGUACAAUCUUGUAGCACCAAGAUCCAUGGGACCACGCUGCUUUGCUCUGACAGAAAGAGGCUUGGAGCUCGCGUUUACAGCAGCGCCCGAUUUGGUCGUCCCGCCCACGAAGGACAUUUUCGAUUUGCGCGCAUACAUCCUGAAGUUGAAGGAGAGCGGUGUGGACACAGUGUACUGGCAACAAGCCUUGGAGCUGUACGAUAUCAUGGAGCGAUUCGUAGUUGGCUACUUGUGGUGCUACUAUGCCUCGAAGCAAGAUUUGGCUGACGACCCGGAGCUGCGCAGGUUCGCUCGGCAUUUCUUCCACAGUCUGGAGGUCAUUGAUGCCGGCUCGUCGCGGAGGGUUGGAGCACCCCGCAUCUCUUGUGUAUCACCUGCAGCUUCCGCAGAGGAUACUUGGGAUUUCUACAUCAAGUGGAUGGCUGGCGUCAUGUGGCUCGCGACUGCAGGUCACGAGCAGAUGGGGGCUGUUGAGGUCUAUGCCCAGGACGCAUCUUGGACGGCGUUCAAGUGGUCACCAGGGGCGCUGAGGGCAACGAAGCAAACGGCGACGUUGCAGGCUCUGCUCAUGUCCUUUACGUCUACACCCAUGCCAAAGCUUCUGGGCGAGGACUGGUCCCACUUGUUUCCGCCGGCGUCGAUAGCCUCAGGUGGGAAUGUGAAGGAGUGCUUCAAAAAGUUUCAGAGUGAUCUGGAGACCAUGGCGGCCAAAUGCGAUGCCUACAAUGCAGUGUUCACGGACCUUCAUCCGGCCAACUGGAUAGACGGGGUCAAGACAAUUCGAAGGUGGCUAGGCUCUUCUUGCGUUGAGUCGCCGGCAUGGAUGCUAUGCAGACAAAAAGCCGGGCGUUUGUUUUUCUUCAGCAUGUUCUUGCCUCGCUGGUGGUGCCACAGACAUGUUUUGACCACGGCUCUCAUACUUUCCAGCGACGCUGCAUUGCGGAAGCCCAGCGUCGCGGGCAAGAGCAUCUACUUCAUUGUGACAGAUCGCUUCGCCAGGAGUGGGGCAGACAAGGACAACUACGAGUUCUGUGAUCUCGCUACACUGCCCAACCCGCUUGCUCCGAAUGGUGGUGCAUGGUGCAAUGGGACUUUGCAGGGUAUCAUCGACCGUCUGGACUACAUCGAAGGGAUGGGGUUCGACUGCAUCUGGAUCACCCCGGUCGUCAAGUCUUUAGACUACACGGGUUACUAUGCCCAAGAUUUCUUCGAUGUUGAUCCGCACAUUGGGACAAAAGAGACUCUUCGCGCCUUGUCCAGCGAGCUCCACAAACGAAACAUGUGCCUUGUGGUGGACAUCGUCGCCAACCAUGUUCAACCGUUGGUGGCGAAGUCCGACAAUUCUCCUGAUGCUAUCAAGACAUACCUGGGUGUAGAAGGCAUCAAUCCCUUCAACAAGGAGGAAUACUAUCACACCUACGGCAAAUCGCCGUUAACUCCGUUCCGCGAUUAUGUUCUUGGAGGACCUGCGCAGGCUUCCGAUAGUCAAGGCAGCGACAAAGUUCUGAAAGCCAGAGUGAAGAAAGGCUUGACGCAGUGUGGCCCUCUCAACAUGAACCUGACGGAGUGCAAUUGUUUUCCCGGCAACAGCGGGCCAGAUUGUCCAGGCGAUAAUCCCGAAUUACAAGUCCAAGGAUGGUUCGGGAUUCUUCCUGAUCUCAACCAGGACAAUCCUUUCGUGCGGCAAAAGCUGUUGGAGUACGUGCAGUACCUCGUAAGGGAGUAUGACGUUGAUGCAUUUCGGCUUGACACGGCGAUCUACAUGCCCAAGGAAUUCUUGAAGGAGCUGCAAGAAGCUGCGGGGGUUGAUAUCUACGGUGAGACGACAGUGAACAACAUCAGUUACCAUGCAGGUUUCCAAGACGUAUUGACAGGGCUGCUUAAUUUCCCGGCAUUCUACCAGGUACAUGCGAGUUUCUGCCAGUACCACUUGGGUGGAGAUUUGGGAAACUACCACCUGCAAGGAGCCUUCACGCCUCAGCUUCCUGACUUGAGGAAACUGUAUGACAUCUUGCAACAUCAAUCGACGCCGGGCCUCUACAAAGAUCUGGACUUGCUCGGAAACUUUGCCGACAAUCACGAUGAGUUUGCGCGAGUCACGUACUACUGUGAUCACGACUCUUUUCGGAUCAGGAAUGUGCUGGCAUACGUUUUCUUGGCCCGCGGCACGCCCAUCAUCUACUAUGGGACGGAGCAGAGCUUAACCGGACAUCAGGCCAACGUGCUGGAGAGAGUUGCGCUGGAAAAGGAUGGGCGUAUGAAUAAGGGCCAGGCAUAUGUCCGAGAGUCAAUGUGGCAAACUCGGUACAACACAUCAACUUGGCAGUACGAGUACAUCAAGCAGCUGAAUGAUCUGCGCAAGAAAUUUGGCUUCUCUGAUGGGGAACAGGAGUUGGUCAGCGUCUGGUACAACCACUUGAUCUUGAAGCGAUGGCCCACCAACGGAGGCAAGCAUCCAGUAUGGAUUUUCUUGAAUAACAACCAGAACUGGACAGCAGAUUCACCGGUUCUAUAUUGUCCAGCACCUUGGGAAGAGGAAUCCUGGUAUGAUGCUUUCACUGGCCUUCGCGCAUUCCUUCGUGAAGGCUGCUACAUGGCGGAAGACAGCAGACCCAAGCUGCUUGUUCGAGGAGAAAGAGGUCCCUUCGUGAAGAGCGUAGAGACGCUGAGUGAGCCCAAGCACGUCUGGAUGCUGUGGAUAGUCAUCCUCCUGCUCUGCCUGACCAAUGGAUACUUGUUCUGGAGAUGCAGGCGCAAUGCCAAGGUUCGGAAUGGCGACGACUACGAGAGCUACGACGAGUCUGAUGAAGAGAACCUCUGCUGGAAGGACAUUCCCAAUCGGCUAAAGUCCAAGUUCUUCCUCUUCAAUAUGGUUUUGCCAUCCACCGUCAGUGCUGACAACAUCUACGGAAGCAUCCUUCGUGCACGCUUCAAUGCGAAGCAAGGCACCAGCGCAGGCAUUUUGUCGCUUACGCGCAACGUCACGGCUGCUACCAUCUCUGUGUGGACCAAGGUCCAAAAGGUUCUGUUGCCAACACCUUCGAGGUUCCACUAUAUCUUCAACCUGCGAGAGCUCAGUCGCGUGUUCCAGGGCAUCUUGGAGACCCCGCAGACCGUGAUCGUGGACGAGGAGAAGUUUGUGUCUCUGUGGAGGCACGAGUGCACCCGCGUCUUUGCGGACAAGCUUUCUCGCGAGAAGGAUAAGGUGCAGGUCGACAAGAUAGUCCACGAGUUUGCAGCUGAGCACUUUGGAGAGUCUUUGGCCAGCAGCACUGCCCCGACCCAGUGGUGGUGCGACUUCCAACGAGACAAACCUCCCGCUACUGAAGAGGACGAGGAUCCUGUCGCGCCGAAAGUGUAUGAGCCCGUUCAGUCCUUCUCGCACGUGUCCAGAAAGGCCUACGAGUAUUUGGCAAGGUUCAACGAGAAGAACCCGGCCAAGGCCAUGAAUCUCGUGUUGUUUGAGGAUGCAAUGAUGCACUUGAUGCGCAUAAAUCGAACCAUUCGUCAAAAGCGUGGCAGUGCCAUGUUGGUUGGAGUCGGCGGCAGUGGCAAGCAAUCUUUGACCCGUUUGGCUGCAUUCAUUUCUGGCCACUACUUGUUCCAGAUCACCAUCACCAAAACAUACAGUGAGAUACAGUUCAUGGAGGACCUGAAAGAGCUGUACAUCAUUGCAGGCCAGAAGGAUGAGGACGUCACGUUUAUCUUCACUGACCAAGAUGUAAUAAACGAGAACUUCUUGGAGAUCAUGAAUUCUAUGUUGGCAACCGGAGAGGUGGUGGGCCUUCUGCAAAAGGACGAGAAGGAGACAGCCAUCAACGAGGUGUCCACAUCGGCACCUAAUGCGCGAACCUGCAUUGAGAGAUGGCUGUCGCCCAUGACAGAGAACGGCUUUCGAUCUGGAAUGCUGACUUUGACCACCACCGCGCUUGGUGGUGGAGUCUUAUCCGUUUCCUUCGUCAUGAACGUUUGUGGAGUCGGCUUGGGCUGUUUGAUGCUGAUGACCGGCGCCCUUCUGGCUUAUCUUGGAAUGGAUGCCUUGAUGGACAUGAGCAACCGAACAGGCUGCAGCUCCUAUGCCGCGCUGUUUUCGCACUGUGCCGGAACCAAAGCAGGCCCCAUCCUCGAUGCGAUGCUCUUCAUUUACGGCAAUGGUGCUUGCGUUGGGUACAUGGUCUUCAUUGGGGAUUUCGUGCCAAACAUCAUCGCGUUAAUUUUCCCAGAGGACUGGGCACAGAACACCAAGGGUCCUACGCGCACAUGUUCAAUCCUUAUCGCAGCUGUGCUGCUUGUACCGAUGAUGCUUCCCAACGACUUGUCAAAGCUAAAGUUUCUUCAGCCGGUCUCAAUCAUGUCGCUGUUGUACAUGUCCAUCGUUGUGACAGUCAAGUGUCCCGGAAUGUUCCGUGCGAACAGAGAAGCUAACGGACCUCUCAGACUGGCGACGUUCUCCUUGCACUUCUUUGAGGCAUUCGCCUUGUGCGUAUUUGCAUUCAACUGCCACCUGAACGUGAUUCCGAUAGCGGACCGACUUGUCCGACCCACACGCGAACGAAUGAAGAAAGUGUCGGCCCGUGUGAACAUCUUCCAGUGUGCCUUCUAUGUCUUGAUCGGCGUGACCGGCUACCUGUCAUUUCUGAAUGCAACUCUUUCGGACAUCCUGGAGAACUAUAAUCCUACGGACUACUUUGUAGCCGCCGGCCGUUGCUUCCUCACGCUGACAAUGAUGGUCGCUAUUCCUGCGAAUCUGAAUCCGACGGUGAAAUCCGGUGUUCAGCUGAAGGAAUACUUCGUGAAAUCGGAUCCCACGCUGCUGGAGAGCCCAACCAAUGUGGAAGAAGCUCGGGAUCAGCCGUGCUUUCGCAUAGCCGUGUCCAUUGCUUGUUUGGCUUGCCAAGCUGUGGUGGCUGUCAACGUGCCGAACGUCGGAACCGUUUUGAGCCUCCUGGGAGCUACUGUCGCAACAGCCAUGAUGCUGAUCGUUCCUGCGUACUGCAUGGGCAUCGUCCUUGAGAACUCCCUGAAGCGUCGAGUCAAGCAGGCAGACCAAGACGUGCGUUUGUCCCAGCCUGGGUGA